GCCAUGAAAGACAGCUCACCUUAUGAUAUUGAGAAAAUCAACCGCGACCACCGUAGGCACACGUCAGCGGAUAAUGAGUUAUGCUCUGAGGAGGUUCAUGUGCGAGGGGCUGUUGCGGCGCGUCUUGAAGGAGUCUACAGCCCUCGUUAUAUCAACUUUUUUUGCCAACUGCACUACGGACAGAACUAUCAGCAUCCCGAAUUAGAUAUAAGGGAAUUGCUGGAACAAGAAAAAAUGAUAGAGGCGCUGCCAGCUUCAACAAAUUUGUGCUCCGUUGCUGGUUGGAGAACAAGGUUGCUGACAAAACUGCGAAUGAAACUGACGGAGUUGGAAGAACAUUAUCAACGAAGUGUACACGGUGAUUGGAAUAGACAUCUUGAAGUUUUGAAAGGAGAUGGUCCAACAACAUCUGGUGUAAGUUUCACCUUCUUUGACGACCUACGUUUGGUGGAUGAUUUUUUUACCAAGGCCUACGAUGUUGCAAAAAAGAACAUUCUUUGUCAAUCGCGUAUACGUUAUCCCAUCCCUGCACUUCCUCGUCAAGUGGAUCUAGCCAUUCUGAGAUUAGUGUCGGACAUCAAAACGUUAAAUAAUUUUUGUUAG